AUUUCCGGCUUGCUUCACAGCGGUCUGCUGUUAAGUGGUCUUAUGAUCGGGGUUUUUAGCUUAUAAAAGAAGUGUUUUUUUAAUUUACAGAAAUACGUUUUAUUAUGUAACUACUUUUUAUUUAAUUUUUAUUACAACCGAGUCGACUGUUUCCGACCGAAACCCCUCGCGAGUUGUGUGUGUCAGCUUAUCUACUUCUCUGUCGUUGGAAAACAAUGAAAUGAAGGCCUAGCGUUACGAGUUAAUCGGCAAAAUAGCGAACGUCAGCUAGCUAAAUCAAGAUCAUUCUGCUGGCCUGUGUGGGAUUUCAAUUGAUGACUGUAUUUAUCAUCGACAUUAGACUGUGAAAUCAAAUCAGGUAUGUCCUCCCAGCUCCAGGUGUUCUCAGCUCCCUCCAGCUCCUCCAGCGCAUUUUGCCGUGUCAAGAAGAUGAAGGUGGAGAACUGUGUUUGGGACGCUUCCUCUGACUGCCCAUACGGUUCCGUGGGGGGCCAGCAGGGAGUAGGGGGUUACUCCUUCACCCCUGCACUAGGCAUGGCGGUGCCCCCCUUCGCCCCUUCUGCGUUAGUGUUCCCUCCCGCCCCAGGCUCCCGUGGCCAGGUGGUGGUCAGGCCAGCAGACAGCACGGGCAACCUCCCCCGGGGCUCCAGUCGCCGCCUCAACGACCACUACACACACUCCUCGCACACAAACUCUGAGACGGCCAGCAUGGGGAACGGGAUACGACGACAGGGCCAGAAGAGGAAGAACGACGACGUCGUCGUCAAAGGGAGCGGGAGUGGCUGUGGGAGUGUUCAGAUCUUGGAGGAGCUCUCUGCCCCUCCUCCCGUCUUCUCCACGCGUACGGGGGGGGGAGGAGGAGGAGGAGGGGGUACGGGCCAGUCCAUCCCCCACUCGGCCCCCACCACCAAGAGCUCCAGCUCCAACGGAGAGGGGGACUACCAGCUGGUGCAGCAUGAGAUUCUGUGUUCAGUCUCCUGUAGUUAUGAGGUGCUGGAGUUCCUGGGGAGGGGGACCUUCGGUCAGGUGGCCAAGUGUUGGAAGAGGGGAACCAAUGAGAUCGUGGCCAUCAAGAUCCUCAAGAACCACCCUUCGUACGCACGACAGGGCCAGAUCGAGGUGGGCAUCCUGAACCGUCUGAGCGAGGAGAACGCCGACGAGUUUAACUUUGUGCGUUCCUACGAGUGUUUCCAACACAAAGGUCACACCUGCCUGGUGUUUGAGAUGCUGGAGCAGAACCUGUAUGACUUCCUGAAACACAGCAAGUUCAGCCCCCUGCCACUACAACACAUCAGACCCAUACUGCAACAGGUGGCGACGGCGCUGAUGAAGUUGAAGUCUCUGGGUCUGAUCCAUGCUGACCUGAAGCCAGAGAACAUCAUGCUGGUGGAUCCACUCAGACAGCCCUACAGGGUCAAGGUCAUCGACUUCGGCUCAGCCUCACACGUCUCCAAGGCUGUCUGCUCAACGUACCUGCAGUCACGAUACUACAGGGCUCCAGAGAUCAUCCUGGGUCUGCCGUUCUGUGAGGCUAUAGAUAUGUGGUCUCUUGGCUGCGUUAUAGCUGAGCUGUUCCUGGGGUGGCCCCUGUACCCCGGGGCCUCGGAGUACGACCAGAUCCGGUACAUCUCCCAGACCCAGGGCCUGCCUGCAGAGUACCUGCUGAGUGCCGGCACCAAGACCAGCCGUUUCUUCAAGAGAGGACCUGACUCCAGCUACCCCGUCUGGAGAAUCAAGGCCCCUUCGGACCACGAGGCUGAGAUGGGCAUUAAGUCGAAGGAGGCCCGUAAAUACAUCUUCAACUGUCUGGACGACAUGAUGCAGGUCAACCUAUCGUCUCACCUGGAGGGGACGGACAUGCUUGCGGAGAAAGCUGAUAGGCGGGAAUUCAUCGACCUGCUGAAGCGGAUGCUUCGAUUGGACGCUGACAAGAGGAUCACGCCCACUAAGACGCUGGGUCAUCCCUUCGUCACCAUGAGUCACCUGCUGGACUUCCCUCACAGCUCCCAUGUGAAGUCUUGCUUUCAGAACAUGGAACUCUGUAAACAUAGGAGCUCAUCGUUCGACAACAACAAAACUCUCUUCUCCACCAACGCUCUUCCUAGUGCUGGUGCCGCCGGCAACCUCACUGUCACCUUCAGCAGCCAGCUGAGCCAGCACAACCAGGUACCAUCAGCAGGGGGCGCUGUUCCUCUCAUGAACUACCAGCCAGCCCUGUACCAGCAGGCCACCAUUAACAUCCCUGGGCUGGCCCAACAGAGUGUCCCCCUGCAGGCACGCCCCACCGGCCUGGCCUGCCAGACUGAGCCCUUCCAGCAGACUCUCAUCGUCUGCCCACCAAACACCAUACAGGGUCUCCAGUCAUCCAAUAAGAGCUCUAGUUUUCCAGUGAGGAUGAACAGUUCAGCCCCCAUAGUGAACCAGAACCAAUCAACACAGCCACUGCAGCUGCAGCCUGCCAUGCUCACACAGGGCUCCUGCACACCCCUGAUUGUAGCCACCCUCCACCCCCACCCCCCCACGGUAGCGGGCGUAGCCCCCCAGUACUCUGUUCCCCUGGGGCUGGGCUGUGAUGCUGGCCACCCCACUCUGCUGGAGCACACUGCCACCAUGCUGCAGGCUUGGCCCGCCGGCACUCAGCAGAUCCUCAUCCCGUCGUCAUGGCAGCAGGUUCCUGGUGUGGCCAUCCACGGCUCCUCCCACCAGACGGUUGUCGCGGAGUCUCCCGUAGAGACGCUCCUUCCGGACACAGCCCAGCACACAAACAGCUGGAGGGGGUCUCAGUACAGGGGAGUACUGCAGCAGAGUCAAUCGACCUUUGACCCUAGCCGGGGUCAGGCCACCCAGAGGUCACAGCAGGAGAGGAGCGGCGCGGGGAAGAGGGCCAAGGGUCGCCGUGGCAACAACAGAAACACCAGGGGUGUGUCUGGUGUGUCGCUGCUCACCAACGCCAUGCUGACUCCGCCCACCUGCAGUGUGGCAGCUCUCUCUCAGCCAAUCAUCAUCUCAGACACGCCCAGCCCGGCGGUCAGCGUCAUCACCAUCCACAGCGACUCAGACGAGGAAGACGAGAGGAAGUUCCACCCCGCCAGCUGUGGUCCGGCUCAGAGAACUAACGUAAUCAGCUGUUUGACGGUCCACGACUCUGACUCCUCCACGGCCAGCCCCCUCACCCCCCGCCUCAUCGCCGGCUCCAGCACUCUGACACACCUCCGAGGAGGGGGGACGUCUGUGGGCAGGUCACUGGCCGUGGUGGCACCAUCUGUCAAGACCCAGCCGACUGAGACGGGGCAACUCCAGAGCUCAUACAUCAAGCCCAAGCGGGCCAAUCGACAGCCCUGUAGUGGUGACAACAGCGACCGCCAUAAGCUAGCCCCCAGCCAAUCACAUCCUCUCAACCUCAGCCAGGUACAGCCUGUAGUCUCAUCCUCAUCUCAGGACCGUUCCCACGGCAACCUGCGUCGCCAGGCAACAUACCCCCCUAGCCCCGCUUCCCACUACACCUUUCAGGAAGCGCCCUCCCUAAGCUCCGCCCCCAGCCUCUACACCUUCCCCGCCUCCGCCGCGCUAGCCUCCGCCUCUCAGGCCAUGGAACAGUUCCUGGGGCGUGGCCACCCCACCCCUUCCACCUACGCCCCUUCCACCGUCUCUUACGGAGCUUCGGGGUUGGCCCGGAGUGACGCAGGGACCAGGAAGGAGUCUUCGGUGGGGUCAGGAAUGAUCCAUGGGGUGGGGCUUCCUGCAACCUAUCAGCACCAGUUUACUGCUGGGCCUCCAUACAUUAGUGUGAGGCCCCGGGCUGAAGCCUACAGCGCAUACCAGCUCAGCCCUCGACGGUUGGGACAGUAUCCCUACUUAUGAUGAGACGUGGGGCACUUUCAGCAGCAUGCAACGUUUUGGAACGUUCAGAUAGAAAAAUCCUAUGUAGAACAAACAUGUCUGUGAAUUGCAGAUCACAUUAGAGCUGGGAUGAUAAACCAAAAAAUUAUCCGACACCGACUAUACCGAUCACUUAACGCAGGCAUUUUGUUAAUAUCAUUCAUUACAAUAAGUAGCCUGUACUAGAGAAAUGUGAAGUUUUAAAUGAAAUAAGUUUGCUAAUAUGGGUGAUUGUUAAUGGAACAACUGAUGGCUACAACCAUCACACUAGUAGUAGUUUAAAGGCCCAGUGCUGCCGUUUUUAUCUCAAUAUCAAGUCAUUUCUGGGUAACAAUUAAGUACCUUACUGUGAUUGUUUUCAAUUAAAAUAAACAGAAAGCUAAAUAGCAAAGAGCAAUUUCUCAAGCAAGAGUUUUGCUAGGACUGUCUGGGAGUGGUCUGAGUGGGGAGGGGAAACUGAAAACUAGCUGUUAUUGGCAGAGAGUUUUGGAACUCUUUCUUAUUCGUCUAUUAACUAAUUCACCACCUGGUGAUGUCACCAGACACGCCCAAAACUCCAUCCCACCAAAACAGGCAGACAUUUCAGGCGGUCUUUUCAAACAGUUUUUACACUUAAAGGGCAUUAUCAUCUUUUUUUUUUUUACAAUUUCACAGUAUUAUUCCAACCACACAGGGGGGGGUGGAAACCCUUUUUAAACUACACUGGGCCUUUAAAGGAUAUUAAAACCAUAUGGUGGUGCAGAUUGUUAUAUACUCUCCUUUCUAUUUAUCGUUAUCAAAUAAAUUCAGGUCAUUUAUCCCAAUAUGGAUUUUUUGUUGUUGUCCUUAUCGCCCAGCUCUAGAUCUAGCUCUAUUCAUGACAUUUUUUUAUCUGCAACGUUUGGACAACGUUUUGCAACUGAACGUGGCUAUGGUAGAGCAGUAUACCUACUGAUGAUGUCAUGAUACUGGGGCUAGAGGGGAGGGGGGGGCGAUAAUGUGUAGGACUAUGGCCCUCACACACACACUCUGAAGGGGCAAUAAGAACCCCCCCACUUCACCUUGUGGAUGAAUCAGGGAGGGCUAUGGAAGGUGGUGGGGGGGUAACUAUGAAUUUUUGCACUACUGCAUUUUAUUUACUGUUAAGCAGUGGUUCACCUCAAACUGGUUUAACAGCUUUCUGUUAAGCAGUGGUUCACCUCAAACUGGUUUAACAGCUUUCUGUUAAGCAGUGGUUCACCUCAAACUGGUUUAUUAACAGCUUUCUGUUAAGCAGUGGUUCACCUCAAACUGGUUUAACAGCUUUCUGUUAAGUAGUGGUUCACCUCAAACUGGUUUAUUAACAGCUUUCUGUUAAGCAGUGGUUCACCUCAAACUGGUUUAACAGCUUCCUGUUAAGCAGUGGUUCACCUCAAACUGGUUUAACAGCUUCCUGUUAAGCAGUGGUUCACCUCAAACUGGUUUAACAGCUUUCUGUUAAGCAGUGGUUCACCUCAAACUGGUUUAACAGCUUUCUGUUAAGCAGUGGUUCACCUCAAACUGGUUUAACAGCUUUCUGUUAAGCAGUGGUUCACCUCAAACUGGUUAUUAACAGCUUUCUGUUAAGCAGUGGUUCACCUCAAACUGGUUUAACAGCUUCCUGUUAAGCAGUGGUUCACCUCAAACUGGUUUAACAGCUUUCUGUUAAGCAGUGGUUCACCUCAAACUGGUUUAACAGCUUUCUGACCUUUUGUAGUAUUAUUAUUAUUAUUAUUAUUAUUAUGUGAUAUUGUACUGUUAUUUUUCCCAGCAGAAAAAGUAUAAUUGUUUUGUUUUAUCCCUGUUUUAAUUGGAUGUAGAUUGAGGCGUUCUGGUUUUUUAAUAUCAUAUAUAUUAUAAAUUGUGUUUAUUUAAAAGGCUUUGUGUUAAAGGACACUAGUCUCCUCUAGGGGUCCAGUCAGUGAGCUGAAAACACAGAAUACUGGAGAUACAAAACGUGUUUCUAUACCAUAUGAAAUGUAAGGAUCAGGAUGCAUAUGAAAUGCACUUCCAUAUGAAAUGUAGGAAUAUGACGUGAGCCUGUGUUCUACAUGGCAGAAAUGUACAGUAUAUAACAGCUAUGCUGGUCUGUGAGCUAUCUGUAGCGUUGCAGCCUCCUGAAUAGGUCCUAGCUGUGUCUCCUUGCAAUAGGAGAGCCCAUUGUCUCACGUCAGAUGGUGUCACUCCUACGCGACGCUCGUCCCUCAACCGAGUGCAGACGGCCGUCAGCGCUAUCUGACGUCAGACAAUGUAGGAGAGGCUAGAAAAGCGUAGCUAGAGAGACGGCACACCUAGCUAGGGAGAUGCUACUGCUAGCUAAUUAGCUAGCUAGCUAGAUAUGCUAGCUAAUCUAAAGAAAACCUACAGGAGACCCUUGUAGCCUAACUCUAGCACAGCUAGCUAGAGAGAUGCUAGCUUUUAGCUAACCCAAGGCCGGUCUAAAGGUGAUUCAAGUAUCUUUAGCAUGGCAGGCUAGCUAGAGAGAUGCUAGCUACUUGCUAAUUUAAACAAAGCACUUAAGGUGAUUCCGUUUUCGUCCUCAUGCUAGCUAGCAGUAACCACAUGCUGGCUAGCAUGAGGGCGAAAACGUCUCAGCGGUGUGUCUUAAUCUAAACAAAAGCCCUUUCCAACCAUAUAGCAGAGCGUAUAAGGUUGGAAUCUUCUAGCUUACCUAAAGGUGAUUUGUGUGUCUUUAGCAUGGCUGGCUAACUAGCUAGAGAUGCUAGCUAUAUGCUAACCUAAAUAACUUCUAACGGUAAUCCUUGUGUCUUUAGCACCCUUAUAUAACCCAAACUAAUCCAGUGACAUCCAUAAUAUGGUCCGAUGAUAUUUGUAUUAUAUUAUUUUACAUAUAGCCUAACCCCUGUGUUUUUAGUUCUACAUGUUCUAAGUUCUAAACUUCUCUAUUGUGAGUUUAAAUGAUGUUUUGUCGUUAAUGUGAGCUGUCACACAAGGCGGUCUUGUUGGUGGCUCAUGCCCCACCGGAUGGAUGGUAAGACGUUUGAAUGGAAGGAGAGGGAGACAGAAAUGUAUGGUUGUUUGGCACUGAUGCGAUGAAUCAUUUCAUUUAAAUCAUGAGUAUGUUGUACGUAGGCUGUUCUGUCACAGCCUGGUAAUGAUGUAGGGAGACAGUCACGCUCUAGUCUUCACACCGCCAGACCUGGUUUAAAAUACUAUUGCGACUUAUUAUUAAUUCAAUUGCAACAGGCACAUUCAGUUGAGCACAGUUUAAAAUAUUUGAAAUGAUUUCAAUUAGUAAUUGAACCCAGGUUUUCACAUGACAAACUGAGCGUUUUAAUGUUUGUUUGGACUGUAAUAAUGAGGCUGAACGAUGGAAAGUCACAUCGCUCAUCGAUCAGCCAGGAAACUGCUUUACAACUUAAACUGACCUACUGAAAAACGAUUUGGUUCAUUUUGUCACCUGUGGUUUUAGAUAGAAGUACAUUAUAACUCUCGGACGGAACUCUCCCGGUGUUCUAUUGUGACGGAAGGUUCCUACUGCUGUUAAAGGGAUCAUUUUACCGGUUCUGCAGAGAACGUCAGAAUAUUUUCACCUGGGUGGAGUUGUUUAUUGUUUUCAAAACACUCACUGGUCUUUUUCUUGAUACUGUACUGUCUUGUCUUGUCAUUAUGUAGCACAAUGCAUUUAGUAAUCAGGUUAUUGGUGAGGAUAAUGUCAACAUCAAAUCAACCCAAUCACUGUUUUCAAAUAAAUUACCCAGAAGUC